CAGUUGGUCGGUGAUGAGAUAUGAAUCCAUUCUAGAAUUCUUGCUCCUUCACAUUAUCUCCAUGGACUCAAAACACCUCUCGGGACCCAAGAGACCAGUCGACCUUCAAGAAACUCUCGUACUCCAGGAACUCGAGAUGAGCGACCAGGCCGAACCUUCGCCCAGGCGCUCCGUGUUCAACGACCUCCGUCUGGAGGGACAGUUUUGCGACGCGGUCAUCAACGUGGAGAACGUGGCGUUUGACGUCCACAGGGUCAUCCUGUGUAAAUGCAGCGAAUACUUCAUUACUCUCUUCGGACGCUGUUGCCCAGCAGACACGAAGGUCUUCGUCAUACCGGGAGUGUCUCCCGACGCCAUGCGGCUCAUCAUUGAGUUUGCGCACACCGGCUCCGUUUCAGUGACUGCAGAAAACGUGCGGGAGCUGCUGCUGGCGGCUGACCGGCUCAACGUGAUGGCCGUCAUGCAGACUUGCUGCGACUUCCUCGGGGAGCGGCUCAGAGCGGACAACUGCAUCGGGACCUUUCAGCUCACCGACAUCGUCUUCUGCCCCGAACUGCAGCGCAGGGCCUACCGCUACAUGGUGGAGCACUUCGAGGAGGUGGCUCACCACGAAGAGUUCCUGCAGCUGCCCCUGCAGCGACUCAUCGACAUCCUCGAAAGAGACGACCUCAACGUGAGGAACGAGAGCGUUGCCUUCGAGGCCGUCCUUCGCUGGAUCGACCACACGCCCGAAACACGGAAAGCACACGUGGCGGUGCUCUUUUCAAAGGUGCGACUGGCCUUGACGAGUUUGAACUACAUGCGGCUCAAGGUUCUGUCCAAUGAGCUGGUGAGCACCAGCACUGAGUGCCUGUCAAUGGCCCAGAGUGUCCUUGAGGCCAUCGGUCACAUCCGGACCAGCAGGCCCUCUGUUGCUCAGCUCAGCAACCCUCUCCUCCGCCCUCGCCUCCCGAACGCCGUCCUGUUGGCCAUCGGAGGCUGGAGCGGCGGCGAUCCAACCAACGGCAAUGCAACCAACGGCAUCGAGGCGUACGACUUCCGCGCCGACCACUGGAUGAACAUGACAAACAAUUGCGAGCGUCCCCGCGCCUCCCACGGCACCGCCGUCCUCAACGGGAGCCUCUACUGCAUCGGCGGCUUCGACCGGGCCGAGUUUUUUAACAGCGUGCGCAGAUUCGACCUGAGCACGCGCGUCUGGCACGAGGCCGCCCCCAUGUGCCACCGCCGCUGCUUCGUGAGCGUCACCGCGCUGGACGGGUGCAUCUAUGCCAUGGGAGGCUUCGACGGGCACUCGUGGCUCUGCACCGCCGAGCGCUACAGGCCCGAGGCCAACCAGUGGAGUCUCAUCGCGCCGAUGCGAGAGCGCCGGAGCGACGCCAGCAGCACGACGCUGGACAACAAGCUUUACAUCUGUGGGGGCUUCAAUGGGACGGAGUACCUGCAGACGGCUGAGUGCUACGUCCCGGAGGCCGACCAGUGGACGAUGAUCGCCUCCAUGUUCAGGCUGUGCAGCGGAACUGGCACCGCUGCAUAUGGAGGUCUCGUGUAUGCAGUUGGCGGCUUUGAUGGCAACAACUGUCUGAACACUGCAGAGGCGUACGACCCCGUGAACAACAGCUGGCAGGAAGUGACGCCCAUGGCGACGCCCCGCAGCAACUUUGGCAUCGAAGUGCUGGACGAUCGUCUCUUUGUUGUCGGGGGCUUCAACCGCAACACCACCUGCUGCAACGUGGAGAGCUACGACGAGACGACCGCUGAGUGGACGGAGGCUUGUGACAUGGGCAUUUCCCGCAGUGGCCUGAGCUGCUGCGUGGUGUCCGGGCUCCCCAACAUGGCCGACUACGCUGUUCCCCGGGACGCCCUGCCGCUGAUACACGAGGAUGCAGACUCGGACGAACACUCCUGAACCGGCACAUCAUCCACACGGUUUUAGGACCUAAAACUACAAAAGAGAAAUAAAAUGUCUUUGUGCGUUAAUCUGCUGUCACUCCAGAUAACCCGGCUGCUAGCUGCCGGCAGACACAAAGAAUACACACAUCCAGAGGUGUUGGCUCAUUUCAGACCUCUAACCCCACUUCCUCUCUAAGGUCCUUGAGGAAGUGGUCUCACACCAGUUGUGUGACUUUCUACAUCAUAUUAGUUCAUUUGAGGAGUUUCAGUCAGGAUUUAGAAAACUGCAACUCUUUAUUAUCAGGCUGCUCUAAUAAGUAGAGACAGAUGGUCGGCGUUUCUCAAUAUGCGUUCUUGUGCGUACUUUUUUCCAGUGGUGUAGUGGUCCCUGGAGAAGUGGGUAUACUCUUAAUUUUGCAAUUUUUUUAAGCAGCCCAUACAGCAGGGCUCUUCAAUUAGAUUGGAGCUGGGGCCGGUUCUUGAAAUUGAGGCAAAGUCAGGGGCCGGAGGAUAUGAGUAAUCACAGUCAGGGUUUUACUGGAGCGCAGCUCGGGGACCGGAUUCGGCCCGCGGGCCGCCUAUUGAAGAGCCCUGCCAUACAGCAAAGGAUAAACGCCCUGUUUUAUAAAUAAUGCGCACCAGGCACCAGCGGUGAUUGAGAAGUGGGUAUACGCAAUGCCGACUGAAAAAUAAGUGGGUAUACGCCGUAUACCUGCGUAUACCCUGGACUACACCACUGAGUUCACAGCCCGGUCGCUUCGGCAGGGGCUGGUUCUCGGUUCCCGGUCGUCGGUCGUCGGAGGGCCUUUUUCAGGGUCUCUGGGUCUCUCGAUUGUCCGGAUCUCGUGAGUUCGGUUCGCCAACAAGUUUCUUUUCCACAAAAAGUCCAAAGCAGUUCAAAAUCUCAGGGUUUACUUCACAGGUUUGGGUUCACAGGAGAGUUCUCAGGAGGGUUGCGCUCGUGUCAAAGUGCAAAGUGCAAAGGGGAGAAUCAGAACCUCCGCGGCCUUUAAAUAACCUCGGUCCGGUUUCCAUGGCACCGGCUGACCACGCGCUUAUGUGCGAUUGAGCAAUACAGAGAGAUAUUUAUUAUUCCCCCCAUAUUUUUUAAAUAUACAUUUGAUUCAUACUAAACUCAUUAUUACUAUUAUUAUUAUUAUUAUUUUUGUAUUUCUCACUCAUCUGUUGCUACUCAGUGCAGCUAUGAGCUGUAAAGCCAAACUGGAUGCUAAAUGAAAUAUACUUUGUUAUCGUGCAAUACAUCAUAAUAAUCUAGAUUAUAAUGGUGAUAUCGUUGUAAUUAAUCACGCAGCAUAUGGAGCAUUAUUAGGCUAUGUGCUUUACUUUGUUGCAGAUCUACUUCUUUCUUGAUGAUUAGUAGAUGUA